GUCCAGAGGUAUUUCUUUCUUCAGAUUCUCUCUCAUCAAUUCGAUAAGAGAGAAGAACAGAACCCAUUUGCUGGCUCUCACGCUAACCUGAGAUCACAAAAAUCCUCUUCUUUCUUCAGCUUCUUUGUGCCUUCUCACCUAAGCAGGUAAAUAUUGCUCAGAAGACCCAUUUUCACAAUCUAGAAGGGAUCAUGAUUAAGUUGUUUAAAGUAAAAGAAAAGCAGAGAGAACAAGCUGAGAAUGCAAAUGGAAAGCCACCAGUCAAGAAGCAAAGUGCAGGAGAGUUGCGUCUUCACAAAGAUAUAAGUGAGCUAAAUCUACCCAAAACAUGUAGCAUAUCAUUUCCCAAUGGAAAAGACGACCUCAUGAACUUUGAAGUCACCAUUCGGCCUGAUGAAGGAUAUUAUAUGGGUGGCACAUUUACCUUCUCUUUCAGUAUUUCUCCAAUGUAUCCUCAUGAAGCCCCAAAGGUUAAGUGCAAGACAAAG